ACAUGCAGCACGCGAGAUGAUGCUAUCCUAAUCACACUUUUAAAGCCCUAAAAAUAGUUUUAUUUUUAGCACUAACAAAUUUGUGCCUGUGUAGCGGGGCCUUAUAUUUGUCUAUGGCCCUCACCAUUUCCGUUGUCUAUGGUGCCGCCGUUUUGUUCGCCAUUACUCGAUUUUGUGUUAUCCGAGUCACGUCGCACAAGGAAAAUUAAUAAUUAAAAAAGCUAGAUAAGAAUGGGGAAAAGAAAAAGAAGUAAAGAUGAAAGUGAAUUACUGGAAAAGGUAAUGAAAAAAGUGAAGAAACUUGUCAGGAAGAAAAGAAGAAUUUCCUCCUCGUCGUCGGAUGGAUGUGAGACACCUUCACAAGGUGUGUGUCUAUCUCCUGCGCAAUCGCCAGCAAGCAUGAAUCUCUGUGAUUAUGUCCCUGAUGAAGGCAAUGAAGAUGUUACCGCAGCUACCGAAAAUGUAAAUCUGGUUACGGAAGAAGAAAAUAGCCAGCUGGACCCCGAGGUGCUGGAGUUACUUGGCUCUGACCCCACUCAAGUCAAGGAAUUCGGUGACGACUUGCACAAGGAAGUCGCAAAUAGAUGGAAGCACAUUCUGCUAAACGGGCUCACAAAGGAGGAGAAAUCAGAGUUAUCUAAACAUUACUUACCAGCAGAAAACUGUGCAUUUAUCAGGCCACCUAAACUCAACCCAGAGGUGAAGUCGGCGCUACAUGACCUUAAUAUAAAGAAGGAUGCCUACUCUGAGAAGAAACAAGAUGUCAUGGCUAGUUGCCUCUCAGCAAUUGGAAAAGCUUUAAAUAUGACACUAACAGAGAGGCAUAGUGAUCCAGAACUUAUAAAAAUUCUAAGUGAUGCCGGCCGCCUAUUAUGUGAUAUCCAUCACAGGGAGUCUGUAUCGAGGCGGUUUGCCAUUAUCAAUGCUGUUAACAAAUCUAAAAGAGACACUAUAAAGAACACUAAAAUAGACCAUAACCUAUUUGGGUCCAACCUGACUGAACACCUGAAGACUUCAAAGGCCAUAUCUGUAUCAGCUUCCGAGUUGAGAUACAAUUCUAGCAACCAUCAACAUCGUGCACAGCUGAACACUACCAUGCCUCGUAGCCAACCAGCUUUAAACGUACGGGGGGCACCUCGGGCACCAGUCGCCGAGCCGCGAGCGUACCCCCGCCAGCCUCGGCGACCACCGCCACCGCCGCCGCCAGCGCCCGCGCAGUGGGACUACCGCCGUGCGCCGCCGCCGCCGCCGCAGGCGACUCGUCCACGGAACUACAGCCGCCCACCGCAGAACCGACGCCGUUAAAUACUCUAUCACAGGGAGUCACAUCCGCUCCAUGCAGAGCUAACCCUGAUGGCCGGGAGAUUAUCAGGCAGGCACUGAUGAAGCGUGGGAUCCCCAUCACCUCACUUAACAUUAUGAUGGCUUCAUUUUCUCACAAUACACUGAAGCAAU